AACUUUUUCUUCUUCUUCCUCGUGUUCUCUCUAUCUCAAACUCGAUAGAUAGAGAACAUCCGUAAACUCACCAUGUGGGAUCAUUUCUAAACCUAAAGCUCACUCCUUUACUAAGGUUCGUAUUCGAUUCGAUCUCAAAACCCUAGCUUCUCCCGAUUCAAAUUGAGCUAGAUUCGAGUUCGAUUCACUGUGAAUUCAGAAAACCCUAAGUUCGUUUCACUAUCGGAAUGAUGACGCAUUGUCCAAUCAUCUCUCCGUCACUUAUCUUCUUCCACUUGAAUCUUCAACCGAGCAGCAGUAUGAGAGCAACAACAAAACUCUACGCAAAGAAGAAGAAACUCACUAAGAAUCUCCGUAACCCGAGACGCACCAAGCUCCCUCCUCACUUCGGUGUCAACUUGUUUCUAAGGAAACCCAUCACACAACCGUUACUGCCACCACUCCAAGACCAAGAAGAAGAAGAAGAAGAAGAUCAAGAACCUGAUGUCUGGGAGGCAAACGAAAUCGAGGCGAUCUCAUCUCUUUUCCAGCAAAGGAUUCCCCAGAAACCGGAUAAACCGGUUCGGGUCAGGCCUCUACCACUUCCUCACCCUCACAAGUUACGACCUUUAGGCCUCCCAACUCCAAAGAGCAGUAUCAAGAAGUCUUCUGCGUCGUCGUCGAACCAAGCAUGUAAAGACCCGACCUUUCUCAUCGGUUUAGCUAGAGACAUCAAAUCCUUACCUUCCCCCGACGCAGACGUCUCUCUCGUUCUCAACAAAUGCUCCACCUUCCUACGCAAAGGCUCGCUCUCCACCACCAUCCGCGAGCUAGGCCACAUGGGUUUACCCGAGAGAGCCUUGCAGACUUACCGUUGGGCGGAGAAGCAUCCUCAUCUCUUCCCCGACAACCGCAUCCUCGCCUCCACCGUCCAGGUCUUAGCCGAGCACCACGAGCUGAAGCUCCUUAAGUUCGACAACAGCUUGGCUAGCAAGAACGUGAUCGAAGCGAUGAUCAGAGGAUGCAUCCAAGGCGGAUGGCUGAACCUAGCGAGGAAGCUUUUACUCAUCGCCGAGAGUAACAACCGUGUCCUUGAUUCGAGCAUCUACGUGAAGAUGAUUCUCGAGAUUGCUAAGAACCCUGACAAGUACCAUCUCGUGGUUGCUCUCCUCGACGAGUUGGAAGACAGAGAAGACUUGAGACUUAGCCAGCAAGACUGCACGGGUGUGAUGAAGAUAUGCGUGAAGCUAGGGAGGUUCGAGCUCGUUGAGUGUCUCUUUGACUGGUACAAAGAAUCGAACAGAGAGCCGAGCGUUGUGAUGUACACUACCAUGAUACAUAGCCGUUAUUCGGAAGAGAAGUAUAGAGAGGCGAUGAGUAUGGUUUGGGAGAUGGAGGAAUCGAACUGCCUUCUUGAUCUUCCUGCUUAUAGAGUGGUCAUUAGACUGUUUGUGGCGUUGGAUGAUUUGGGAAGAGCGAUGAGAUACUACUCUAAACUCAAGGGAGCUGGUUUUACUCCAACUUAUGAUAUUUUUCGCGAUAUGAUUAGCGUUUGUGUAGCUUCUGGGAGAUUGACAAAGUGUAGAGAGAUAUGUAAGGAGGUUGAAGAUGCUGGAUUGAGGUUGGAUACAGAGACUUCAUAUAGGUUGUCGCAGCUCGAAAACGGAACAAUGUCUUUAUAAGUAGUAUUUAACACUUUUUGCACUUUUGUAAUAGAGUUUUGUGUCCUGAGAUAUAAUAUUUUAGUAAAUACAAGAACUGCUAUGAUUAUGUAAGCAUAUUAAAAAAACACUUUGUGGGUUUACUGUUUGA